GAGUUUUUUGAGAAUCCUGCUUUUCGCCCAGACGGCAUGAAGCUCUAUCCCACACUAGUGAUCCGUGGCACUGGUCUGUACGAGCUCUGGAAGACUGGAAGAUACAAGAGCUAUCCCCCCAGCACUCUUGUGGACCUGGUGGCCAGAAUCCUGGCCCUUGUCCCGCCAUGGACACGUGUGUACCGUGUUCAGAGAGAUAUCCCAAUGCCACUAGUCAGCUCUGGAGUGGAGCACGGGAACCUGAGAGAGCUCGCCUUGGCCAGGAUGAAAGAUCUUGGGACACAGUGUCGUGAUGUAAGGACAAGAGAGGUUGGAAUUCAAGAAAUUCACCAUAAAGUGAGACCCUAUCAGAUUGAAUUAAUUAGGCGAGAUUAUGUGGCUAAUGGUGGCUGGGAGACCUUCCUGUCCUAUGAAGAUCCGGAGCAGGAUAUUCUUGUUGGUCUUCUACGGCUGCGGAAGUGUUCGGAGGAGUCAUUCAGACCUGAGCUGAAAGGAGGCGUUUCCAUUGUCCGGGAACUGCACGUGUACGGGAGCGUGGUCCCUGUCAGCAGUCGGGAUCCUUCAAAAUUUCAGCACCAGGGAUUUGGUAUGUUACUAAUGGAGGAGGCAGAAAGAAUAGCCAAGGAGGAGCAUGGGUCAUGGAAAAUUGCUGUAAUUUCAG